AUGUCUGAGAAGAAGAGAAAGAGAGGCUCCGUCGAGGAUGGCCCACCAAGUAAGAAGAUUGCGCCCGCCGCACCUUCAACAAACGAGGUCAAGGUCACAUUUGUCCCGGACAAUGAAGAGCUAUGUCCAGUUGUAGCCUCUACACCAGGUCUCUCCAUACCCACGAACAUCCCGCUACAACCCUACAAGAAGUCCCGUAUAUUAACGCCGGGCCACAAGCCCUCUAAGUCCGGCACAUACGAGCUCCUCCUCCAGUCCUCCAACCAUCCCCGUCUCGACUAUACCGCGCGCGAAGAGCAUGAUGGCAGCGCCGAUAGUCUUCUCAAGCACUACGUGGGCGUCUUCGACCCCACCACGAGCGAGCUCACGGUUACAGAAGCGCACAAGAUAGUGGUCCGGAGUACCCUUCGCAGUGAAGCGGAGGAGAUGCGGGAAGAGCGGGAAAGGCGAGCUGCAGAGGUGGCGCAAAAACCUAGAGCGUCGGCCUUAAAGCAGGAUCUUGGGAUGACAUUCGGCACGAAGAAGGCAAAGAAGGCGAUUGCGUCGAUUACGGAAAACGCCAUAUCACAGGGAGCGGGCGGUGGGCCAGGCGGGAAAGCGCCGGUGGGUUCAGUAGCUGCGGCGGUUGUGGAUGCCAUGGCUGCUGCAACUGCGGCCAUGCCGACUCGCGACGAGAUGCAGGCCGAUAUCGACACAACGAAGCCGCGACCUACACCGAAUACGAACGCUACCACACCUGCGGAGGUUUAUACGCUGGAAUCGCUGGUUGGUGCAGAUACCGUUAGAGAAAUUAAAGUCAAGGAUUGGCUAGAUGCGGUCAAGGAAAACCAGGACGUCAAGACCUCGAGCCGUUUUGUGUCAAGAAGAUUGGAAACGGUGGCGAAGAUUCCGGACAUCAAGAAGCUGAAGGCCUUGAAGUACAUCCUGCUGCUCAUCGACUUCCACAACGUGCUGAAGUCCGCUGGCAAAGAUGGAGGCAAGAAAUUACCGCAAGCCGAUGACAUGGCAAAAAAGUUAGGGGGUUACGGUGCGCUCGUCAACGGCGCGAAGCGGAACUUCUCAGAUAAAGGGAUGGUGACAAGUUGGUAUCUCGACAAACUUAGGACGCAUGUCGCUGCCUUGGCACUCAUUGUCGACAAUUUUCAAACCGACGUUUCAGGCCUUACGGGAGACUUGCGGCUUGACAGCGCAGGGAUGUCGAAAUACUUCAAAGAGAUUGGCUGCAAAGUGGUUGCACUGUCUGAAGACGAGCGUGUCAAGCUUGGGUAUUCGAAGGCUGAGGCUGCUGCGCAUAAGCAGGCCAAGCUUCGUCUUCCGCUAGAAUUUCCGAAGCAGAGGACUCCGCGGCAGAAGAAGCGCUGA